CCCGUCACCUUCCCCACAGCACAGUAUCUCUCAAGACAUGCAUUCCCGACUCGAGCUCUAUGCAAACAGGUUAGCAGAAGUGGAACAGAGACAGGCUACUGCUGCACCUGAUGUGGAUGAUGAGCAUCAUUUGAUAGCACAGUACUGUCAGAGUUUAAAUGGAGACACUUCUCAACUUGCUUUAAAGAGUCCUAUGCAAAUAAUGAUGGCAGUAGAUGUUCAUCAGAAAACAGAACUUGAGGCCAUGAUUAAAGAUCUUGAAGAAGAAAAUAAGACAUUGCAAGCAGAAUAUGACAGACUUCGAACACAACAAGAACAUAAUAACAAUGAGAAAACCAUGCAGGCCAAUGACGAUGAUUUUACUAAUCAUGAUGAAGAGAUGCUUGCAGAGGCCAAGUUGCUACGGCAACAUAAAGGUCGUUUAGAAGCUAGGAUGAGAAUUCUAGAGGAUCAUAAUAGACAACUAGAGGCUCAGUUACAGAGAUUACGUCAUUUACUAGAACAGUCUGGAGAUAAAAGUAUGUCAUUAUCAUCAUCAAUUCAUGGUUCACCGAUGACCACGCCCAGUUCUUCCCAUAGUUCCCUCCCUGGUGGUACAUCAAAAUACCUGAUACCCCAGCUAGAAUCCACACCACAGAUGAAUGGUCAUGAACACGCAGAGUUACAUGAUGGUGACAACUCAAUGAGUCCUGUGUUAGGAGCUGAUAGCACUUUACCACCAUAUAGUACUGACAGAGACAGAGUGUCAGGUUCCAAUAAUGUAGGGGAGUUGUUCAAAAUGGCAGGACAGGUUGGCAAGGCUGUAGGGUCUCUUGUCACAGUGAUGACCGAUGACAACGGUGACGCCAUUGUUGAUGAAAACAACAAACACUGAUGCUCGACAAUGCACCGACAUGAUGUAGUCAAAUAAUAACAUGAUAACACGAGUCAGGACCAAGUGUGUCACUGAGGGUCAAAGGUUAUCUAUCUAUCACCUCUGAUACAUGUAUAUAUUGGUACCUACAAACACACGUAUAUGACACAAAAAUGCAAUACAUUAUUUGAAGUGAGUAGAAGAUGGAAUUCAUUGUUGCCAAGGAAAUAGUGAUGUGGAGAACUUCUAUUGAUCAUUUUGGAGAAGAAAUUGAACACUUGGUGAUGAUAGGGUAAAAGUGUUGUCAGAGGAAUAACAUUUGAAGAUUCAGACCAAAUUACUAGAAAUAUGUUAAUAAUAAGGAAUUAUGAUGAUAUUUAAAAUCUAGUUAUUACCAUAGUAACAUGGCUACAAAGUAUGCCUUUAAUCAUGGAUUGUAAAUAAAUGAUAAUAGAUAUGCAUAAAAAAGGGGCAUAACUUCAUUUAUUUGUGUUUCGGAUACAUUUUUUCAAUAAUAAUCAAUUAGUAAAUUAUUUAUUUAAAGCCUUAAUUACUGUAAUUGAUGCAGUUCCAUUUCGGCACACUUUCUUUUCUUUUCGUGAAAUCUGUUUUGUACUCUGAUAGGAAACCAGUACAACAUAGGGAUUAAAAUUUCACAGCAGAAAGUAACUAUCUAAUGACAUAAAGUCCUCAACUUUUUUAUUGAAAAAAUAAAUUUGAAGGACAAGUGAGUUUAAGGACUUGAAAUGAAAAUAAUAAAACAGAUGCUCAUUUCACCAUUAGUGCUUUAUUUGUGUUUAUGUUUUCAAACCCUUAUCUUGCUGGUAACCAAUAGUGAUUUGUCUUUGCCACCAAUAUAGAGCCAGGCCAACCUGUACAUCCAUAAAGUCUGACCAGGCUCUAUACUGUUAGCUGACAAACUUCAUAUUUUCAUCUUGAUAUCCCCAAAAUUGAUAAUGGAAUGUUCCAAAAAUGGAAGGUAGACAAGUUCAAGUUCAUUUGAGAAAUUCACCAGGUUAAGGGUUAAGCUGAAACAAAAGAUUGCCUGGAUGUUUUAAAAGGAGAGAUUUUUGUAAUUACUGUUGAUUCGAGUAAAUAAUAUUCUACUCGUUACAGUAUAAAUCAAACUUUCCUUUACAUUUUCGACUCUGUUAUUGUGCUUGUUUAUUUCUUAAUCUUGACGAUUGAAUGUUUAAGAAUGCCCCAAUUAACCACUGACCUAAAAACAACAACAACUUAUGCUCGCAUUUUAAUAAGAUUCUUCCAUGAU